AUCUCUGCGGAUUUCUUUUAACGAAAAUCAUAUUUUACUUCCCUCUCUCCCUCCUUCCGCCAUUUUUGCUGCUCUCGCCUCUUCAGCUACUACUCGUUUAUCCACUGCCCCGCGAUUUCCGUCAGCCGUCGUCGCUCAACUAUCCGGUAAACUCUCCUCUUCGUUCCUUCUUCCCCGAUUCCUCUUCGCUCUUUCUCCUUAGUUAUCUUUGCGGCGUCACGUUCUGCUUCGUUCGAUAUUCUUGCAAUGCUGAAUGCUCCGUUUGGUUUGUCGGCACCGGUGCUUUGAUUUUCCAAUCCGAAUUUUACCCCGACGAUUUUUCUUAGCCUUGUUCUAUCGUCUUCCCGUCGAGCUCUGGUAUUCCUUUUCUGUCGUGGCCAGAGUCUCUUUCUUUCACUCCGAUUGCGUUGAUUUUAUACGUCCGGUUUGGAUUCGUCGCCAAAUACUGUGCGAGGUUUUUGUUUUUGUUGUUGUUGUUGUUGUUGUUGUUCUGGUCUUGUGAUGAACGAUUCGGCAGAAUGAUAUUGCAUUUCUGGUGAAGCAGCAGCAAGUUCAUGGAAUUUUUUCGCAGCUACCUUUACUCGUCUGACAUCAUUUAGUGUAGAUUUUGUUUUGUUCAUCAGACUUCAGACGUUUGUGGCCAUGGACCGUCCCCGGUUUUGUUGUUGUUGUUGUUAUUGUUAUUGCUACUGAAUUUGGCAGCUGGUGGUGAAAGGAAGCCGCCAUGGGGGGUGACAAAGGGCAGCUCAGGGUUGCGGGAAGGUUUCCCGAAGUUGGGGCGAUCUUCAUGUGUAAUCGUGCUACGAAGAAGGAAUGUUUUCGACGCAAACUCUUUGGCCUUCCAUCGGGGAAGGCCGAUUUCGUAGGGCAUGUGAAGGCUGGAAUGGUUUUGUUUCUGUUCGAGUAUGAGAGGAGAGAGCUCCAUGGUGUGUUCCGGGCGUGCUCUGAUGGGGCAAUUGAUAUUGUGCCACAUGCGUAUGGUGAUUCCGGGAUGCAGUUCUCUGCACAGGUAAGGUUCACUACUAUUUUGAGGUGUAGUCCACUUUCGGAGGAUGAAUUUUCUGGAGCAAUCAGAGAAAAUUACUUCUCCCCAAAGAAGUUCAACUUUGGAUUGAGUGAAAGACAGGUCGAAAAGCUUCUUCAACUCUUCAGCUCAAGGAAGAUACAGCAGCAGCUCCAUCACAGACAAUCUCCACAAAACGACGUUAGAAGAUCAUCACCUGCAAAUUAUGUGAGUUCUCAUCCUGAAGGAGCAAUCGAUGGUGGCUACAGAAGCCUUGGUAGGGAAAGAUACGAGCAAAAUGCUGUUUCUGGUUCUGGAUCACUCCGCUCCCCUGAAUAUUCGGAAAACACAACCAAUUUUAUUAGAAGAGCAGUGGAUGAUGCAAGCAUUACUAUAGGAAAUAGUCGUAGAUUGAAUGAUAGGUCUCAUGUGCCGGUUACCCCAACAGAAGACGUAGGGGACCUAAUUGUCAGCAAUAAUGUAGCAUUAGAAAGACCAGUUCAUCGGGAUAACUGGCAGUCAACUUUGGGGGAUUCGAGAAAUAAAAUCAAUGCAGAUUUUGUCCAUGGGCUGGAUGGUGGAAGCCGGUAUUAUGAACACAUUUUAGCUACAGAUAGGAGAAGAGGUUCCAGAACAGCCGGUUAUCAUCCACUUCUCUCAAGUGAGCAGCAACCUGGUGUGUCUCAGUAUCCUAGUCCACCUGUGCAUGGCAGCAAUUCCACUAAUGAAACAAAUUACUUGGUUGGGGAUGAUCGCCAACAUAUUUCUACAGACAGAAGAACAGGUUUCAGAGCUCCUGGUUAUGACCCACCUGUCUCUUGUGAGCAGCAACCUGGUGUUCCUCAGUAUCCUAGUCCACCUGUGCAUGGCAGCAAUUCCAUUUAUGAAACAAAUUACUUGGUUGGGGAUGAUCUCCGACAUAUAUCUGCAGAUAGAAGAAUGGGUUCCAGAGCUCCUGGUUAUGACCCGCCUGUCCCUAGUGAGCAGCAACCUGGUGUGCCUCACUAUCCUAAUCCUCCCGAGUAUGAUCUCCAAUAUAUUCCUAUGGAUAGAAGAACAGUUUCCAUAGCUCCUGGUUACGACCCACCUCGCUCAAGUGAGCAGCAACACGGUGUGUCUCAGUAUCCUAAUCCACCUGUUUAUGGCAGGAAUUCCUUUCUUGAAACAAAUUCAUUGGUUGGCGAUGAUCUCCAACGUACUUCUUCUAUCAUGCAUAACUCAUCAACAGAGCCAAGUUACUCACACUUAAUGUCCUAUUCAGCUUUGUCGGUGCUGGAGUCAUUGCCUAGACCAUCUUUAAUCUUAGAUGGUCCUCACCCAGCACCAUCCAGCAGACCAGGAACUGGUAAUAUUAGCACACAACCUUACAACCCAGAGGCUCCCAGUUUUGACACUAACCACACAUCCCCCUUUCUAAGAGUCUCGAGUUCAUCUCUUGAUGAAUCCCUUCCUGCACUCAACAGAGCCGUCUCUUUUCCAUCUUAUGAGAAUGAGCUACCUCGACCGUACAGGGAGGUUAGAGAUGACAGCAGGUUGCUCCCACGGUAUGCUCAAUCUAAUUUGUCCAAUGACAGCAAUGAAGCCUCCUGCAGGUCUAACAUGCUUUACCGUUCAAGUUUGUCAAGGGAGUCCUUUCCAAGGCCAUCCCUCCCUCCUCUACAACUGCCAUCUGAACGUCAACGUGGCCGUACUACUACAAUUGACGACCGUUCCUUAUUGGCUCCUCGAAUCAAUACUCCUUCAGUUUCAGGCCGUAGCCACUUGGUGACUACUUCACUGGAAGGCAAUAUUCCACAGUCUAGAAGGGCUCAUGAUGCAGUUCCUUGCAGUGGCAACAGCAUUCCAAAUUCGGAGCAAACUCAAGACAGUAGAAGAACAGAUUACGGUGCUUAUUCUCCAGUUGAUCUGUAUAGUGGUCAGGAUUCUGAAAGGAGGAAUUCAGAUCAACAAAAUCGUAGAAAGCGUUCUGUGUUUGACCGCAUGGUUUUUCCUACUACACAAGAAAGGGAACAAGAAGAUAGUGCUACCAACUCUGUUGGAGAUGAUGAUGAUGACGACAAUCAAGAUGAUUUUUCUGUGAGUGAAAUCAUGACUUCAUUGAGGCAGAGUAGCUAUCGAUGGCUGAAUGAGAAGACACCAGCCAAGUUUUUGAAUGAGAUACGCAAUAGUGGUUUCCAGUAUCAAGUAGGAAAUAAGAAAAUACAAAUAAUGACUCCAGAAACCAAGUCAGCUGAUGAUCACUUGGCAGUAGGAGUGCCAGUAGAGGAUUAUGGUUAUGCUCUCACUACCAACGAAGAAAGCCCUCCUUUUGUGGAUUUCAAACGUCGUAGUAGUACAAUGCGUAAAGCUCAUCAGGUUGAUGCCGCAAAACCUACUGGCAAUGACAAUGUAUUGAGUGCUGAAAACAAGCCGUCCAAGAGGAGGAAGUUAAUCAGGCCUAAAUUUGGUGAUGAGACAUAGCGGCAUUGACGAUGUCAUGGUGAUAAAAGCUUGGAUGAAGGCCAGCAUUAUCCAUCAUCUAAAAAUUGUUGAGCUGUCAGUUGUCACACCCAGCGGCUGUUUGUCAAGUUAACUGCUUUCAGCAGUGGAGUUCCCUGUUCAUAAGCACGAUUUCAUGAAUUUUUGUCGAUCUCCGACUUUUCUUCAAGAAUGUGAACUGAAGCUAGAUAUAGGACUUGAUGUUUGCUGAUUGAGAUAUUAGCAGGUAAUUGCUCUGACAUUGCCUUGUUGGUGGGGCUUUUUGAUUCACUGCUGAACUCUCAGUGCCCUCAUGGAUGAAGCUUUUUUGCUGGGAUAAGUCAGGAGACCUUGGAAGGCGGACAGAGUUCUUUUGUACCAAUGACUUGUUCACCUUUUCCUUCUCCAACCUUUUAUUUUUGUGUACAUAUCUCCCGAUGGGUGGUUAAUGUACAAACUUGCGGAUUUUCUUUUCUGAUCACUCCUCGUAGCUUAGGUCAGUAGAGAUUCUAUAGGUAUGCUUUUUUGCAAUAGGGACAUGUAACUGUUUCAACGCAUGAAUACUAUCAACAUAGUGAAGUAAUGCAAAGCCUUUUGGUGACAGAACAAUCCUUGCUCUCUUUUUCACUCGCAAUUUUUUUGUCACCUUUGAAUUAGUGUCUCUAACAAUACAUGAUGUGGCUUUUAGAAGCAAGUUUGUAGUGCUGUACAGAUUCAAAUCCUCGGUGAGUUAUCUCAGACAACAAUGGCAAUGGCUCCAAAUAAUGGCCUCCUGUUAGAAGAAUGUGAGAGAGAAUCCAAUGGGCGGGAAGGCAAAUCUCAGAAAGACUGCUGUUGAUUCUUGCCGAUUUCAUCAAUUCCCUCCAAUAUACAUCUAAGUUGGCAGACUCCACUCUCGAACGGUCGCAUGGUGAGAAUUGGGUUGAUUAAAAUUUUGAUUUGUUUUCCUUUUGACUGAACGUGACAGCAUUUAAACAACAGGAGCUGGAGCUCCCUUUCCCUUAUUCUCCCUAUUUUAGCACACACUUGUUUUCACUCUUACCAUCACUCUCACACUCACUUCCCAGUUCCCACCAUCACUCAUGGAAAACAACUGCAGGAAGUCACCGUCGUCACCGUUGAAGCCGUGGAAGAAGGGCCCGACGAGAGGCAAAGGCGGUCCGCAGAACGCGUUGUGCGAGUAUCGAGGAGUUCGACAGAGGACGUGGGGGAAGUGGGUGGCCGAGAUCAGGGAGCCCAAGAAGAGAGCUCGAAUCUGGUUGGGCUCUUUCGCCACUGCCGAAGAAGCCGCCAUGGCGUACGACGAGGCUGCGAGGAGGCUGUAUGGACCUGAGGCGUAUCUCAACUUGCCUCACCUCCAGCCCCCUUAUAUCAACCCGGCUGCUGCUGCUGCAGGUUUCAGCAGUCCUUUCGGCGGGAGGUCGAACCGGUUCAGAUGGGUUUCUUCCAGGAACUCGGUUUCGUUGUUCCCGCCACGUGGACUGCUCAACCUGCACGCCCAGCCCAGCGUCCACGUCAUCCACCAGAGGCUCCAGGAGCUGCAGAAGAAGAAGAGCAAUGCCGCUGCUGCUGCUUCCUGCUGCAGCAGCAGUAGCUCUUCUUCCCAUCAAGCUGAAGCUGCUCCUGCGAUGGCUCGAAACCCGCCAGUGGAGAAAGAAGCAGCGGUGGUGGUGGAGGAACAAGGAUCAGUAGAGAUGGUUGAGAAUGAGAAAGAGAAAGAGAAGCCGCAGAUUGAUCUAAACGAGUUUCUUCAGCAACUGGGGAUUUUGAAAGAUGAGAGGCUGAAUGUUCGUACAGACAAGGAUGAGUUCAGCUGUCACGACGUUGCAGGGGAACUCGCCACGCCAUUGUCGUCGUUCGAGGAAGACGAGGGAUUCAGCUACUGGGAUUCCUUCAUGUAUGAUUUGCAAGGGAUGACAGAUCAUCAUCAUCACCAGGAUUUCGCAGCGGCGGAUGGCAGUAGAAUGCAGCUUCAGCAGCAGCAGGAUGUGGAAGAUGAUCAGCUAUUCUCAACUCCCAUAUGGCACUUCUAGCUAUGUUGCAUUGGGCCAGGCUUCUUCUUCUUUCCCAUCUUAUGUCCCUAGGCAAUGGCUUUAUCUUCGUUUUGUUCGAUUGUUGUACUGAGAGCUUCACGAUUAUGAAUGAAUAAUAGCUCUAAUUUGUGUUUGGGGCUAGAAGAGAGAGAUGUAGAUAGAGG